AUGCGAAUUGGGGUCGUAUCCUCUGUGCAGUUGGAUACUCUGGAAUUUCGUCGAUCAACCCAAGCAAGGUUUCCGUGUCGUUCAUACCAACCGAUGGGUCGGUCCCCUUAAGAUUGCUUACCCUUGGUGAGCCAGAAAAUGUAGACGAAGUGAGAGCCCUGGAAAUAUUGAAGAUGGAGGAAUUGGAAAUCAGCGUGGAACUGAAUGUCGGUGACGAGGAGGCGAAAAUAUGGACCU